AUGAACCAGACCAUGUCCCAUGUCUCUAUGGACGUCUUGCCAAACAUGGAAAAUGCUGGUGUCAAGGAUUACUACGCCGGUCAUACCAUACAACACAGUCAUCGCCUCCGUAUCCGCACGCCCAUCACAUGGGUCAACGAGAACGGGAAGACGAGCGCCGCUGCUCAAGUCAUGAUGGCCUCCAACGGGACGGUAGCACUUCCCACUAACGGCGCCGAAACUUGUCUUCCAGACUCUCAGACCCACGAUUUGCCCUUCAUCGAUCUCCAACUCGCGAGAGCCAUCCGCCAAGUCACCGAAGAGCCUUCUUCCCAUCCGCCAAUAGCAAUCCCGGGUCUUUGGGUCCAACCAAAAGCUCCACCAGGCAACAACAUGCAGCUCCAGAUCAUCCCUCCCGCCAACGCCAUCACCAUACCUUCUUCAUCCUCAUCGGAGGGUCCCCGCUAUCCUGCUUUGUCCCCUACGGCUAGCCUACAACUGCACUACGAGAAGCUGCUGCAUGAGCGCGACCAGCGAGAGCUUCAAUACAUUGCUGAGAGCAAGGACAAGGACAGAAUGAUCAGGACGCUCAAGGCCAAGCUUGGAUGGUCUUUGGAUUAG